AUGACGUCCAGGCUCAAGCACAAGCUCGAGCUGGAGAAUGUCAAUCUCAAUAGUGCUUAUCUGAACGAGUCGUUCGUACAGAUUGGUACACCGCUACCAGCUCUAUCAGAACAUAAGAAGGACAAGCAAGAGUAUGUACCAGAAUGGCAGCAGGAGGUCCGAGAUGAACAAGGUCGAAGACGGUUUCACGGCGCGUUCACGGGAGGGUUCUCGGCUGGAUAUUACAAUACAGUAGGAUCGAAGGAAGGAUGGGCACCGUCGACAUUCAAGUCAUCUCGAAGUAACCGAGCUAACAAAGUACAAAGAGCUGAGGAUUUCAUGGACGAAGAGGAUUUAGAGCAUAUGAGAGAAGACAGGAAAUUGGAGAAUACAGAUACAUUCAAAAACGAUGGGUUCGCAGGUACGAGGGAGGAAUUAGGUGGGAAAAGUCUACCGUCAGCCAUUGAAUCACUCAUUGCACCUUCACGAUCAUCAAUUGGUGAAAAGCUCUUGCAAAAAUUAGGUUGGAGACCUGGACAAGGUAUUGGACCUAGAGUCCCUUUAAGGAAAUUGAAACUGCAGCAAGGGAAACUUGGCAAAGCCAGAGCAGGGAUCGACGAUGAUGAAGAUGAACAAAUGGGAGAUGAUACAGAAGGAUCCAAACAUACAUUCGCUCCCAGGGACGUAGCCUUAUUGACGUUUGAUGCGAAAGAGGAUAAACAGGGUUUAGGAUUCGCGAAAGGAAGAGGGAUGGGCCCCUUACCUGGUAAAAGACCCGCUAUGGGAGCGAGACAGCUGGAUGACGAUGAUUACGAUCCUUACGCUGAAGCUGGACCUUCAAGUCGACCUCUGGCAUUUGAUGGAUUAGACGAUGAUGACGAAGUGAUAGUGAUGGGAGGUUCCACGCAACCAGGAUUAGGGUCAAGAUCAAACAAAAAGAAUCGAUAUAGUGCUGGACGAGAUUUGCAGCAGGAUACAUGGCAUGAUGGUAGACCUGUGUUGAAAGGGUUCGCAUUAGAUCCCAAAGGUGUUCCGCAGGAUAAAUGGUUUGCUUUGCCUGAUAUACCGCCUGAUUGGAGACCUCGUCCUGCUCGAGUUUGGGGGACAAUCAAGAAAUGGGACCAGAAACCUGGUGAAGAGGAAGUGAAGAAGGAGGUUAUCAGAGGUGAACCUGGAAAACCUCUAACGUUCGAACAGCGUGGGGCAGCGUUAGGUGAGGAACAACGUACAUCUAAAGCCAAAUCGGUAUUCGAGUACAUGUCUUCCAAAGAUCGAGAACGUCUAGCUUCGAUAGCAUCCACAGCCGCUCAACCGCCAUCACAGUCACUAUCGCUCCAAGCACCUCCAGAGGAAGAGGAAGUCAUGGCUCCUGCAGCGACCGAAGUGGAUAUUCCACCUUUAUCACCUCGAACAGCCUCAGCAGCUCUAAAAGGUUUUAUACCCUACGGAGAUGAUUUAGAGAAACAAGAUCGAUACAAAUCAUAUCUCACUUCUCAAACGUAUAACACCACAGAACCUGACCCAAUUUUGAAAAAGGGUACGUUCGAAGAGAUAAACAAAGAAUUAAGGGAUUUCUCAUCUUCCGCUCGCAUCUUCCGUCCAAUGUCCUAUGCGAUGUCCAAUAGAUUCACGAGCGGAUCAUCAAGUUUGGCAGUAUCAGAUUUGAAACAGGCCAAACCUGGUUUACACAUAUUUGAUGCUGAGAAAGCGAAGUUAGAUCUAGAACUAGGAAAGCCAAAGGUAGCUGAGGUUGUGGAGGCAAAGAAAAAUUUAACGCCUAGAGAACAAGCUGCCGCUAAUGGGAUGUACGGAAAGAUGACGAGGGAAACUAGGAAUUGGUAUCCUACGAAAUUAAUCUGUCGAAGAUGGAGCGUAAAGGAUCCUCAUCCUGAAGGAGAUCCCAAUUUGGGUAAAGAUCAAAAGAAUACAAGUAAUGGAAAUAAUGCUUUGGAGACUAUGCGUUUACCUACCAACGAUGCUAGUUGGGAAUCCAAAUUCAUCCAUCAACCUACCACCCCCACCACUUCUACAAGCACAGCAGCGACGAGCACGAAUGAGGGAAGUGGAACAGUUGGUGAUACUGAAGUUGAAAAACAACCUACGAAUAUAUCUGAAGUUGGGAUGGCCAAUGAUAUAAAUCAAGGUAGAGAUAUAUUGACUUAUGAAAAACCUUCAAUCGAUAUUUUCAAAGCUAUCUUUGCGAGUGAUGACGAAGAUGAAGAUGAUGAUGAAGAAGAAGAGGACAAGGGUCUUCCGGGCGCUGAAUCGAAUCAGGGAGUGGUACGAAAAGAAGAAUCGUCGGAAGCUGCUCGGUAUGAAGAUCCGUUCCCUGUAAAAGAAGAAGGGCCUGUGGAUAUACAGACUUUCAAACCUGUUUUUACACUUCGUAAAGAGGAUAAUACGGAUCUAAAGAAGAAGGACAAAGAGAAGAAGAAAGAGAAGAGUAAGAAGAGGAAAGGCGUUUUAUCAUUUGAUGUUGGUGAUGAAGGUGAGGAUGAAGAUGUACAAAGGGAAGAAAAGAAGAAAAAGAAGAAGGAAAGAGAUAGGAAUAGAACUGAUGGUAGCAAAACUGCGAAUGAAGGAGGAGAUGAAGAAUGGGUGGAGAAGCCCAGUGUUGUACCGAGAUUGGUAGGAAGGAAAGGAGCAGCUGAUUUCAUGUAA